UAGAUCAACAACCCACAAAUCACGAGAUUUUCUCCUGCGAAUUUUCGUUUGAAAUUUUUGUUGCCAAAACAGAGAGAAAUGAGUUUCCCAGCUGUAGCUUGCGUUGCGCCAAGAUAUUCGAUGCCUCUCAUCAGCUUAAAUUCGAGCUCCUCCGAUGUGUGUCGCAUUUCACUAUCGGUUUUUCCGGCGAAUAUAUCCUCCCGGAGCUUGAAACCUCCGGUAUGCCUUGCUGCUGUUUCGUCUGGUGCCGUACCCGACCCUGAAUCCGAUGAAAAACCCAAAAACCAAAAGAAGGAAGCCACGCGAAGUGGCGAAGCCGAGUUUCCAACGAAGAUCCGGCGGAAAUCGAAGCGCGGGCGGAGGAGCGAAGCCGAAGCUGUGGAGGAUUUCGUGAGAAGCUCCCUCGAGCGCACUUUCUCCACCAUACGGGAGCAGAAUCCGGAGGUUUUCGAGAACAAGGAGAAGGCGAAUUUCAUCAAGGACAGAGCCGGGGAAAACGACGACGAAGACGAAAUUGAAGAAGAAGAAGAGAUGGUGGUGGAAGAGGAAGACCCAGAUUGGCCAGUAGAUACAGAUGUUGGGUGGGGAAUCAAAGCUUCCGAGUACUUCGACACACAUCCGAUCAAAAACGUGGUCGGAGAAGACGGUGCUGAGAUCGACUGGGAAGGAGAGAUUGAUGACAAUUGGGUCAAAGAGAUCAAUUGUUUGGAGUGGGAAAGCUUUGCCUUUCAUCCUAGCCCCCUCGUCGUCCUCGUCUUCGAGCGAUACAAAAGGGCUAGUGAUAACUGGAAGACAUUGAAGGAGCUUGAGAAAGCAAUCAAAGUUUAUUGGGAUGCGAAAGAUCGAUUACCUCCACGGGCGGUUAAGAUUGAUCUGAACAUCGAGACAGAUUUGGCAUAUGCUCUUAAAGCUAAGGAAUGCCCACAGAUUCUCUUUCUACGGGGAAACCGGAUUUUAUACAGGGAGAAAGAUUAUCGCACGGCGGAUGAAUUGGUUCAAAUGAUUGCGCAUUUCUACUAUAAAGCAAAGAGACCUUCGUGGAUCGACAAGGCUAAUGUAACCCCGUAUUGUUAGUUUGCAAUGGGAACGAGUAGUUAACUCAAAGGUCAGUGUGUAGGAAAGGAUGUUGAGAUGUAACAUUUGUUAUGCUCAGAAGAAGAAGAAGUAAAAAAAAAAGAGGUCAAAUAGGAGUUAUGUUUGUUGUUUUGAAAUCGAGAGGGAAGAGGGCUUAUGGAAAUAGCUGGUGAUGAAGUAUGGAUUUUGGAAUAGAAGUAACAUGUUUUGUUGAAUUGUAUUACCAAUUUGGUAUCUCUGUUUAUAGAGUGCUUAAAUCAUCAAAAGCCGUGGACAUAUUUUUUUUUAUAUAUUCAAGAUGAUAAUUCUCAUGAA